GCUAGUCUGUGUAUAGGCGGGGGCGGGGCUUUGGACUGAAAAAGCCGGCGGGGCGCUCCUUCUUCCCUUGGCCUGAGCAGACUUCGCGUGGGGCGGGAGGGGGGACGCGGGGCGGGGCUAGAGUGGGCCCCGCCCACCGGUGCCGAGGCGCUUACUACGAAUUAAUUUCUUGGCGCCGCCACGGUUGUUGCGCUCGUCUGGCUUUGCGCUCCGCCGAGAUUCGGUCUCCAGCCGCAGGGAUGAAAGCGGGUGCUCCUGCAAUACCUGGGCGUCAUCCCCCUUAAGAGGCGAGGGUCUUCCUCCCAAGUAACUGCGCACAGGAUUGCAGCCCGCAUCAGAUCCAGUGGGACCCAACCUCUGAUGAUCCACUGCAGAUGUGCCAGGUGCUUCGCAGUCCCUUCAAAGCGGAAGAUGAGGCAGAGACCCAGAGUCCUGACGCUACUGAGCCUCCCUGAAGAUGUUCUCUUCCAUGUUCUUAAGGGGUUACCUGCCGAAGACAUCCUCUCACUCAGAGCUGUGCAUUCUCAUCUGAAGUACCUUGUAGAUAACCAUGCUAGUGUUUGGGCCUGUGCAAGUUUUCAAGAAUUGUGGCCUUCUCCAAACAACUUGAAAAUGUUUGAAAGGGCUGCAGAAAGUGGCAACUUCGAAGCUGCUGUGAAGCUGGGCAUAGCCUACCUCUACAACGAAGGCUUGUCUGCCUCCGAGGAGGGUCGUGCAGAAGUGAACGGGUUAAAAGCCUCCCGCUUCUUCAGCCUGGCGGAGUCCCUCAACAUCUGGGCGACGCCCUUCAUCUGGCUCUUCAUCCGCCCUCCCUGGUCUCUGAGCGGGAGCUGUUGUAAAGCUGUGGUCUACGAGAGCCUCAAUGCAGAGUGUCAGGUGCAAAAAGCUCAAAAAGGUUCGAUUCUCUAUUGCUUGGCUAAGGUUCUAAAUCUCUUUGAGGAUGAAGAAAAAAGGAAAGAAGCCCUUGAAAUGUUUGAGAACUCUUCGAAACAGGGCUGCUUGCACAGCUCCUACCUCCUCUGGGAAAAUAACAGAAGAGCUGCUAUGUCAGAUCCGGGUAGAUACCUCCAGAGCCUCCGGAAACUCAGGGACUAUGCUGCCAAGGGCUCCUGGGAAGCCCAGAUAGCUCUAGCCAAAGCUUGUGGCAAUGGGAACCAGCUGGGAUUGGAGCCGAAAGCCUCCAACGAGAUGGUCUCUCAGCUCUUCCUGGCCUCUCCUCCUCUCAGCAAGCAGAGCAUCUUCACCGUUCAGAAGGGGAUGAAUGAGACAAUGAGGUACAUCCUGAUUGACUGGCUGGUAGAAGUGGCCACAAUGAAAGAUUUCUCAAGCCUCUGUCUCCAUAUGACAGUCGCGUGUGUGGACCGGUACUUAAAAAUGAGACCUGUCCCCCGAGCUCGUCUCCAGCUUUUGGGAAUUGCCUGCAUGGUUAUCUGUACACGCUUUAUCAGCAAAGAGAUUCUGACGAUACGGGAAGCCGUUUGGUUAACGGACAACACCUACAAAUAUGAAGACCUUGUCAGGAUGAUGGGGGAGAUCAUCUCUGCCCUUGAAGGCAGGAUAAGGAUACCUACUAUUGUGGACUACAAAGAAGUGCUACUGAACAUAAUCCCACUGGAGAGAAGAACCGUGCACCUGUACAGCUUUAUCUGUGAACUCUCGCUCUUGAACACGGGCCUCUGUGUGUACUCUCCAGCCCGGAUGGCUGCAGCAGCCUUGCUCCUCGCCAAAGCACUGCACAAGCACGCUCAUCCUUGGACUAGUCAAUUGUCUGAAAUCACAGGAUUUCCCCUUGAAGAGCUGAUACCCUGCGCACUCAAUCUCCACAAGAAGUGUUUUCAUGAGGAUGUCCCAAAAGACUAUAGGCAGGUGUCCCUAACUGCUGUGAAGCAACGAUUUGAAGACGAGCGCUAUGAAGAAAUUGGCAAGGAAGAGGUGUCGAGUUACAGCCAGCUCUGUUCACUGCUUGGAGUGAAGCAAGAGGAUCCGGAGCCCGACUCUCUGUACAUGAACACGGUGGAAACCUUCCUCACGUCUCCAUCAGGAAAGAGAACUAAAAGGAGAAGGGAAGACAGUAUCCAGGAAGACCGGGGCAGCUUUGUAACUACACCCACUGCUGAACUGUCCAAUCAGGAGGAGAGUCUCCUUGACAACUUCUUGGACUGGAGCUUGGAUUCCUGCACUGGUUACGAAGGAGAUCAAGAAAGUGAAGGCGAGAAAGAGGGAGAUGUCACUGCUCCCAGUAGAGUCCUGGAUGUAACCAUGCUGUAUGUAGACCCUGAAGAACACUGCUGUCAAGAAUCCAGUGACGAAGAGAGUGUGGCCAAGGAGGGGUCUUCUCGUAACCCAAGACAUGAUGGCCAGCCAGGGGGUGAGAAGAGGUGGCUUAGGUGCCAUGCCCUCCGACAGUCGGCUCCCGAGGUCAGCUCUGGAUACUCCUCUGUCAACAGUGCCAGCCCGACUUCCACUAUAGAUUGCCACUUUGGUCCAUCGCUCACAGCUACCUCAGUUCAGCCUCGGGGCCUGGCCAAGAAUCAAGGCCUUUCCCUGCUUCGUGACUCCGAAUCGCGUCUCCGCUCCGCCCAGGCUCGGUCGGGCAGGAGUGACAGGAGGCAAGCGAAACGGAAAAAUGUGGCUGAGUACAAUGAAGAAGAAAAGAUGAACUUGGGCUUCUUGAGCCUCUGAUGUGCCAGUCCUGUUUACUCUGAUGUUGGGCUUCUUGGAAGCAGGCAGGAAAAAUGGGGGGCUUCUGGGUGUAACCCCCCACCACCGGGUCCGUACAUGCCUGUGGGCUGCAUCCCCCAUACGAUUCCAGGGCUGUGCAGCUCUGGUCUCCCUUCACGUUUACCCACACUUUCCCAGGUUUUUGUCUUCCUUCAUCUCAUCUUGUGGUAUUCUAAUGGCCAACCCUGAGGCUGAAGGCACUCGCAGGCGUAGCUGUGCCUUGCCUUGUAAACGUUUUUGUGCAAGGCAGGGGAAAUAAAACGUCGCUGCUUUUCCACUGCCUCCAGUUCUAUGCAAACAUUUUGCCCAGUGUGCCAAAUAACAUGAUGGAGCAUUUGGACGAGUGUCCAGUGCCUUAUUCAGCUCUGCCUUUAACCCUCUUUCACCUUGGCAAGAUCUCUUGGAGCUCUUACGUAUCCCAACAGAUCAUCUUUCUGAGGCCUUGGCUGCUCUGGGUAUGCCAGUUGACACACGCUGUGCCCUUAACUACUUUUGUUACUCCAAAAUAUCAGGUUCUGCUGCGGUUUACUGAGGAUCGUGUUCCUGUUUACAGACAUUUUAUUUUUUUGUUAUAAUUUGAGUCCAGGUGCUACUCUGCCUUAUGUAUAGUAAGCAAUAUGGCAACUUAUGAAUUAGUGGCAAACAGCUCUCUGUGGAAGAUGCAUUCGGUGCUAAUGAUUUGGUUGGAAUUCUUCAAUAUUUGACUUUUUGCUUGUUCGUUAUUUUUAGUUGCCAGAGAUUCCUCCUCCCUUUUAAUCCUCACUCUGGUUUGUGUUGCAUUAAAAAAAAAAUCUGUCGGCCCUUAGUGUCGGACUCAAAUUUAAAGCUCCACUUGCAUAAUUGCAGUGUGGUGGGCAGGAGAGGUCUUGCUACACACUGAGACCAUUCACACAAGAAAAAACUGUUCUACCUAGAUUUUGGGAGCCAUGUGUACUCUCAGUUUCCUGUUGUGUGGAAGCAAGGUAGGAGGAAAACCUGGGUAGCUUUUCCUCCUUCCUUGAUUCCACACAACUGGAAACUGGGAGCACACACAGCUCCCAAACCCAGGUAGAACAUAGCUUUUGAUCGUGUGAAUGAUCUCACUAAGUUGAUGGAAAUAAAGGCCUUAAAUUGUAUUGAGAGGGCAGAAGUUAACUUUAAAAAAAAAAAGGAUAAUGCUACUGCUGGUUUCUGGCUGCUUGGUGUAACCCACUGUUUACAGAAUCUGUGAAAUGAAUUAACUUUGCAACAAAGCUGAUUACACUAAUUCCAUAGUCGAAGUGCCAUAACUUAGACAAGGGCCCCCCAAUUCUUCCAUGAGAGUUAACCCAUCUCCUUUCUACCUGUACUUGAUCAAAACUUUGAAAUGGUGCCUUUGCUCGUCUAAUGUAUAGACAAGAUUUCAGAACAAUGGCCUUUGUUCUGUCUGUAGGGGUGCAGGAUAAAGUUUGGUUCCUUGGAAGUUAUGCCAAGGUACAAAACUUGUGUGAUGUUAACAGAUAUGAGAAACACUGGACGGGCUAAAUUCUUUUUAAAGAAGGUAAUGUCAAUGACAGUUCAUGUUGGCUAGUGAUUUUUUUUUAUAAAAAGCCUUUUUAUAUAUAUACAA